CAACAUUAAAUAGUUUAACAACGUGUUUUGUUUUUAAUUUUUCCUUUUUUUUUAACACUAAAUAUUUGGUCUCCUUUGUCAAAUUUUAUCCUGUCCUAUGCACGCUCAUUAGUUUAUCUAUAAACCAGAACUUUUCGAGUGCUAUUUUAAGGACACAGAUUAAAAUGAAAUUAGAAAAAAAUACCACAGAAUAUUAGUUUUUACGACUAUAUUUUGGCUGGUAUUUUAUUUCCACAAAUUAAAGAAAAAUUUUUUUAAUUUAAAAGAAAAGUUACCUUUGAACAAAUAGUAAUCGCCAUAUUUUUAGUAGCAAUUUGUUUUUUUACCUAGAAUUGCCACCAAUGCACCUGGCGAUAGAUUAAUUUAUAGUAUUUAAUAACGUUUAAAUGGAAAUUUUUAACAAUGUAAACGAUUUGAGGUACUAUAACAUUAACAAAAAGAAAAAAUUUACUUACUUUUCGGUCGCUAAACAAAAUGGCUGUUUCAAACACUUUUUCGCCUUUUAUUCGUGUGUAUUGUAUUUUUUUAAAUUUCUUUAAAAUAUGAUACUUUUUACCAUAAAGGCGUUAAAUUAAUUAUUUGAAGUAUUAUAACUACGUAUAAAUGUUGAUUUUUUAAUCCAAUUUAUACGUUUUUAAAAUGCGACUACAAAAUUUUACUAACAAUUCACUAAACAAUCAAACACUCGGCUUAAAAAUCGCGUUAAAACUAAUUGCUUUGUCCUUUUUGUUUUUGUCAUUCUAUUUUGUUAGGCAAAUUUAACAACAACAAAAUCUCAGUAACGGUACUUAAGGAAAUUUUUAAAGGAGUUUUUUUUUAAUAUUAUAGGAUUUUAUUUAAUCCCUUUUUAAAAAAACUCGUUUUAAAAUUUUUCAUAAUUGUUUUAUUGCAAUUCAAUUGCGUAAUUAAGUACCGCGUAAUGAGUACUCCAUUGCCUUGUUUAUGAACUAAUCUAUUGGCUCCAUAGACUAUUCUAUUGAUCAGUCUAUGGACUGGUUUAUGACAUAGUCUAUUCACCAGUCUGUGGACUAGUUACUAAACUUAUGCUCUAGUCUAAGAAAUAGUUUAUUAAUUAGUAUAUGGCCUAGUCUAUUGUCUAGUAUAUGAGCUGGUCUUUUGACUAGACUAUAGACUAACUAACAAAAAGUCGACUUUUCAAAUCUCCGACUUUUAGCAAUUUAUUAAAAUUUGGUUUUAAAACUUUUAACACUUUUUAUUAUCGGCUUUUCUGACAUUUCUAUUAUUUGAUAACGUCCCAUUAUAGCUACAUAUUCGGUUCGGUAUACAGCCCAUUUCCGUCUCUAAUUUUUAGUGACCCUUUCUAACCUUCUGUAUUUUAUAUUUAACUGUAGUACAGUUUUGAUUCAUUAUUCAGUUCACUUAUGUCCAUAACUUUGAUUUGUACUGUAUAGAGUUCAAUUAUAGUUCUUAUAGCUUCAACCCAUUUCUAGGAUUAGUUGUUUUCAAUUCUGUACUCUCCAUAGGUCUGAUUCUUGCUCCAGUUGAAGUUUUGUAGUCCAAUUGUACUUCCUUAGUCGGUUCAAGUUUAGCUUUAAAUCUGCUUGGAUACUAUAUAGUCUAUAUGCCCAAUUCUAGCCUUAAUUGUGGUAGUUUAUGCAGUCGAAUUCUAACAUUUAAAUUUGGUACUUUUCAUAGUACAAUUCUAGUUCUAUAUUGAAUUACAUUUGAAAUAGUUCUUUAUACAAUUACUUUAUACCCAUUACUUUAUACAGUACAUUACUUAUUUUACCUGCGGCUUUUUGUAUUGUGGUCCUAAAAUGGUCCAAUUUUGGCCUUAACUCUGGUAUUAUAUUUACUUCAAUUCUAGCUAGAAAUGUAAUUCUUUAUUCAGUAUAUUUUUGCUUCAAUUCUGGUUCCUUUUACAGUUAAAUUUUAGUCUUGUUUUUGAUACUUUAUAUAGUCCAUUUCUUGUUGCUAUUACAGUUCAAUAUUCUGUUUAAUUUAAGCUGCAAUUAGUGUCAAAUUUUUCAAAUUUAAAAGAAUCUAGCGCCUUUUAUUGAAGUAUUGAACAUUUUCUAACCUUUAACCUUUUCUAAUCCCCUUUUAAAAACUACGCUUCUCUCAAAAAAGAUCAGUAGACAAAUAUGGAAACUUAAACUAAUGGUUUAUCGAACUGAAAAACCUUCUUUAAGCAAUUAAAGUUUUACUGUCUGUCUGACAGUCUGACUACCUGCAUAAAACGGUACCUUUUUAAAUUACACUAACACACACACCGACCAGCUAAUCUGCGCCAUAAAACAGACAUUAAAUCGGUCACAGAAAUCUAAAUAAAAUUCCAGAAAUUUAAUUAUUAAAACAAAUGUAAAACAUUUUACAAAAUGGUAAAACAAAAUGUAAUUUGAGCUGUAAAUUAUUGUAAUGGAAAAGAAUUACAAAAAUCGUAGGCGUCGGCGAAAAUUACUUUGAACCCGAAAUAAAUAAACCAAAGAUGAUUAAAGAAAUACCUUGAAAUAGAAGCAAACAUCUUUAAGAAAUUAUAGGAAAAGAAAAAUUGGUUUAUUUUAAGAAAUAUUAAAUAAAUAUUUUAAAACAAACCACAAAUAGCUGAAAUUUUAAAAAGAACGUGCUGUUAAGUUUUAGAGUAUAUUUUUGUAAGGUUUCAAAAUCAAGCAUAACGACCUACCUGAAGUUAUAAGAUUAUUAGCUGGAAAAAUCUAUAGGAGACCUGAGCUGCAUAGUUAAACAAUAAAGAAUUUGUCUGGGGAUUUUUUAUUUUUGAACAAAAUUAAUGUGUAAAAGAUGUGUUGAACAAGACAUUUGAUAAUUUUCUAAAGAAAUUCUUUGUUUUUUCCUAUUCUUUCUCUUGGCUUAAGAAAAUUUUGAAAAAUUUUAGUUCAUUAAUAAAAAGUAUUGGUUUUUGGUAGGAGGGUACGUGUAUGUUUACUAAAGCAGGUCAUAAAUUUGUUUGUUGUUUUUCCCAAACUAGACAAACUGAAAACUCAAAACCUGGCUUAAGUUGGUAUUCAAUAUUUUCAAAAUUAUUCAGUAGUCCUUUACAUGUUUAACACGUCAGACGCGGAAGAAAUGUUUUGAAAAAAAAGAAAUUUGUGAAAUCACUUAAAGUGUGUUCUGUAAUAAAAUUAAUAAAAAAAAUUAAAGUGUUUUUGGGUUAAAAGGGUUUAAAUUUAGUUUUUAAAAGUUUAUUUAUAAAAAAAUGUUUAAAAAGAUAUUUUGUUUAAUUUUGAUAUUAAAGUUAGCACAAGCACGUUAUGGUUAUGUGCCAAAAUCCUAUGGUCCAGAUGCGGCCUUAGUGGUGGAAAAAGCUUUGGGACAAAAUCACAAUGUAGGUGGUAACUAUCCCAAUACCAUACGCAUGCCACCGCCAUUUCCUUUAUGGCGUCAUUAUCCCAGAUAUCACAUUAUACCACCACCACCGCCGGGGCAAAUAAUGGCUAUAAAUACUUGGGCCAAAACAACUCAUACAAAACCCAUAUUAAUGCCUACCAGCACAACCACUACUACUACCACCACCACUACCACAACACCUAAGCCCACCACUACCUCUACCACCAGCCCAACCACUACAAAAUUCACUACAUCCUCACCUUUUAUAACAGAUGAUGAAUUCCCCACUGAAUUAUUGGAUAUAGCACAAAAUAAGUUGGGUCUUAAAAGUCUAGAUGAAAUACCCAGUAUUUCAGAAUUAGGACAACUAUUGGGUACCAAUAGCCCGGAAGAAACUUUAAGUUAUAUCAGACAAUUAACCUCCAAUGAACAGGGUGUAGCCUUAAUGAAAGCCUAUAUAGAAUCCACAGAUUAUACCGAUAAUUCGGAAAAUUCUUAUAAAAAUAAAGAAAAUUUAGAAGAAGAAGAUGACGAGGAAGAUGAGGAUGAUAUGGGAGAUAUAGAAGAACCGGUGAAAAUUAAUGAUGAAGGUUUAAUAGUUAUAACCGAUGAUGAUUCUAAUGGGGAUUAUGUCUUAAGCAAUGAAAGCGAAGAGGAAACCACUAGUAAACCCACCUUAAAGCCACGUAAAACUCCCAAAAUUAUACAAAAACUUAAGGAAUUACCCAAUAACCAUCCUAGUUUUAUGGAACGUAUAAUGAAUUAUAUGCAUUUAAAUAAUUUGUUUCAUAAAAACUCUGCAGAAACGGGAAUGAACAAAGAAUAUCAUGAACUUAAUAGAAUCACAGAAAAUGGCAAAAAGGUUAAUAACAACAAACAGAAAAUAAUUACCAAAGAUAAUCAAGAAAAUCAAACAGAAUCGGAAAUUGUUAAUAACGAUUCCCCAGAAAAAUCCAAUUUAAAAUCUGACGCUAUUUUAGCAAGAGAAUCUAUACCCUAUAAUUAUCCCAUACCCAUACGUUCGAGUUCUACAACUAGCAGCACUACUACCACAACUACUACACCAUUGCCGCCCGCCGCCAAUACCCAGGUGGUCCAUUUAAAUACUCCCAAAAUGUUAAUACCUCAUGUUCAACAAUUGUCCCGAGUCACUAAGAUACCCAGCAAAAAAAUUGAAGAUUUUUUGGCCAGCAAACCUAAACUUUUAGAAUUGGCCACUAAAGUUAGUCGUUUUCCCAUAGGCUAUGAUCGUAAUUCACCCAUGGAGGCUCAAGUUAUGGCAGCCGUCCAAAAGGCUAUAGAACAAGAUGAAGAUCUUAAGAAACUUUUGAGUUCCACCGCCACCUUAAAGUAAAAAAAGUCGGCAAACAAAUAUUGAAGGAGUGAGAUGAAGUUUUAAAGAACUUACAGACAUCUUGAAGUGAUAAAGCUGCUAUAAUUUUUAGUUUUAAGCGUAAUUAAUGUAAUUAAGAUUUAAAAAAUUAGGAUUUUUUUAAAUAAAUAAUAAGAUUUUUAGAAAUAAAAUCAAAG